GGGGUUGUAGAGGUGGGAUCGCCAGGACCGGAGAAGGCAGGCUGGGGGGAACCCACGCGUCCGAGCACCACGGAAAGUCCGCCUCGGCCAAAAACACUCUUUCGUUUCGAACCUCGUGUGUUUCCGACUGCACGGACGCGCCGCAGGCUACUUGUGGAAGGAGAGGAGGGGGGACACGCUUGUCUUUCCUUCCCGCUUUUGGGUGUUUUGUGUGUGUGUGUGUGUCACCAUUGCGCACGACAAGGCUUGGGAAGACGGAGCUCUCGGACUGUGGGAGCAGCCCCUCAGCCCUCCUGUGCUCGUAUCCGCUCUGGUUCCCGAUGGCCCAUGGAAGAACGUGGAUGAGGGCUUAGCUAUAGAGCAGGCAGAAGGCCUGUCUGUUGUCGGUUGGCUGACUCGUCCAUCAAGGAGUGGCAUUAUUCUCACCAGGGCACAGAACGGACCAGGAAAAGGUUUUCCACAUUUAUCCCUGCUCCCUUUCCACCCUCAUCCCCAACCCAGGCGGGACAUACGCUCUGGACCAUGUCUGGUAGGUUGUCCCACGGGGGCCGGACCGAGGACCUGGAGCGGAGUAGCUGCAAACAGGACUCUCCUGUCAUAGAACGCAGGAACCGCAGUGGCAUCAUCAGUGCACCAUUAAACAAGAGCCUUAAGAACUCCCGUACCCUCUCGCAGUACACAGCGGUAUCCUCCGCCACCAGCAAUGGACACAAAGACAAUAGUGAGACAAAGAGCCACUUGGCCAAGCCCCAACAACCUACACCACCCCAGCCCACUGUCUCCGCACUGACAGCAGCCAAGUUGGACCGAACCCUAGAACAGGUUCUGGAGGGACAGAAUGGCCUGCUUCACUUUGCCCAGGCAGCAGCACUAUUAAAGCGGGCUGGUAUGGAGCACAUGCUUCUUCCUGGGGGCAUGGGAGUGGGAGUUGGCGGAGGAGAUGCCGGCUCGGGGGCUAGCGACUUAGAGGGUACGUCUGUCACGGAUGCCGCAGGUGUUCCUGUUGACUUUCCAUAUGGAGUAGGGGGCGGCUUCCCCUUCAACCCGGGGCUUUUCAUCAUGACGCCGGCCGGAGUGUUUUUGGCGGACAGCGCACUGCACAUGGCCGGUCUGACGGAGUAUCCGGCACAGAACGAGCUGGCCUCUGCUAUCAACUCCGGUAAAAAGAAGCGAAAACGUUGCGGCAUGUGCCCCCCUUGCCGACGGCGGAUUAACUGUGAGCAGUGCAGCAGCUGCCGGAAUCGCAAGACGGGUCAUCAGAUCUGCAAGUUUCGCAAAUGUGAGGAAUUGAAGAAGAAACCUUCUGCUGCUCUGGAGAAGGUGAUGCUUCCGACAGGAGCGGCUUUCCGAUGGUUCCAGUAGGACUUCUCCUCCUCUUCUCCCUUACCCAAAGCUCUGCCAUCAAGUGCAAUGCCAACUCUUUGGAUUGUCUCCGGACACUGGCUACUAAAUAAACAAGCAACAACAAGAAAAUAUUAUUAAAAAAAAGGAAAAAAAAGAACAAAAACAAAGCAGAAAAAAAAUGGGGUAAUGGAUGCGCCUACUUAUUUCUUGAACCAAAAAUGAAGCGUGAAGAAAAGCAUCUAUGGAAACUUUAAUUCCUUUUUCUAUGUUUCCAUUUUGGUACCUUUUGUCCUUUUACCAGCAGCUUUUUUUUUUUUCUUCAUGUCGUUCGAACACAGAACUGUUUAUUGCCAGAAGCAGAAAUGACAGACCCAAGUGUGGACAAUCAACUUAUUUCUGUGUUUGGUGUUAAUGUUGUUCAUGUGUGGAAAGAUACAGUACUUGUGUAGAGAAUGUACUUUUACAGCUAUAUCUUUUAAAAACUAGCGGCUAAUGGCAAACAUUCUUGGAACUCUUCAUCAUUACGUUACCCAAAACUUUGUCUCUUUUGACCUAACAACCACACAUUCAAAUUGCUGUAAAAUCCCACCUCCAAACAGGAAAUAGAAGCUGAUACUUGGCGAUAAUGUCAUCCAUCAUCAGCCCUUGUCUGUAUUUCUAAACUGUUUUUUUUUUUUAUGUGCAACUGGCAGCCUUACGUUUGUUAUUUUGGCCCCUACUGAGCAUGCUCCGUAGCAUGCUAUCUGGCCGAUAGCACUAAGAGACAGCACUUGCUCUGAGUCUACCCUACUGAACGCACUGAGACAAGAUUACUUUAUUUUGUAUUUGCUUUCUUUUAUUUUCAUGAUUUGUGUUAUGUUACCGGGUAGCUGCAGCUCUUAAGAAUAACCGAUCUUUGUAUUUGUUUAGAAAAUUGGACUGUUUUUUGUGAAUAAAGAGGAAUGCAUGUA